CCUCCCCUUCCCUCCAAACCAUUCACACAAAAAGGACUAUCUGACAGCCUGCUGCAGUGAGCAUGGGGAGCCCAGCCAUGGCAUUGAUCAGGAAUUAAGGAGUGGAUCCUCACUGACUCCUCUUCACAUCACAAGCUGCUCUCUGACCAGGGCUGGGAGUUGCUGUUGUCUGAACACAAGUCGUCUUUCUCUGGCAGCGCUGACGAGGGGAUCGCGUCCUCAUGCAGAGAUCACUGUGACGAACGCAGCACAGAACGCGCAGAUCACUCCUGCAUUCCCGGACAGUGGGCCAGGCGCAGGCCAGCAGGAGGGAAACUGUUCCAUCAUGUUCUGAAUAGCUCGGAGGCGUUCCAAGUCCAAUGGCAGAGGAGCUCAGGGUUCCUGAUGUCACCAGUAUGGGGACACUGGGACCUGCCGGAGGCCGGAAGUCUUCCCAGGAUGAUAUCAGAUGUUGUAAAGGAGAAGAGGAGCUACUGAAUUUAGAGGACGAAGUAUUCAAUCCAAACAUGACUUCAUUCAAGCACGAGAAUGUGGAAGAUCUCUACGAACUGCUGGAAAAACUGGGCAGUGGCCACUUUGGCGAGGUGAAGAGAUGUAGAGAGAAGAGUUCUGGGACUUUCUAUGCCGGCAAGUUCAUCAAGACACGCAAGUGCAAAGGCAGUCGUCUCGGUUUGGAUCGUGAGCAGGUUGAGAGAGAAGUCUUUAUCCUGCAGCAGCUCGAACACCCCAACAUCAUGAAGCUGCACGACGUCUUCGCAAGCAGAGCCGAGAUGGUGCUAAUUCUGGAGCUAAUUCGAGGUGGAGAACUCUUUGACUUUAUAGCAGAGAAAGAGGCCCUUUCUGAAGAGGAAGCCAUUGAAUUUCUGGAGCAAAUCCUGAGAGGAGUCGCCUACAUGCACAGCCGUCACAUUGCGCACUUUGACCUAAAGCCUGAAAAUAUGAUGUUACUAGAAAAAGAUACGCCACACCACAAAGUUAAGAUCAUUGAUUUCGGCUUGGCCCAGAAGAUUGAGGACGGAGCCGUAUUUAAAAGCUUGUGUGGGACCCCCCAGUAUAUCGCUCCCGAAGUUAUAAACUAUGAGCCGCUGGGAUCCCCGACAGACAUGUGGAGUAUCGGUGUGAUCACCUACAUCCUACUCAGCGGUUUAUCUCCCUUCCAAGGUGAGACCGACGCGGAGACACUAACGAAUGUCGUGACGGGAAACUAUGAGUUUGAUGACCGUUUCUUCAAAGACACCAGCGAGAUGGCCAAAGAUUUCAUACGGCAACUUCUGCUAAAAGAGCCCAGUGAUCGGCUGACGGCGGUGGAAUGUCUCAUUCACCCGUGGAUCAAGCCAUUGACAAGAAAGCAAGCUAUGAACAGGAGUCGAUCCUCCAUCAACAUGAAAAACUUCAAAAAAUUCAACGCCCGGAGAAAAUGGAAGCUGUCAUACAAUAUGGUGUCUGCGUGUAACCGACUCUGCCGAAUGAAGUUGCUGUGUAACCCCAGCAAAGAUGAAGAGGAACUGCGGCAGUGUGAAAGUGACCAGGAGGAUGAGAAGACGAAGCCCGUCGCACUCUUACGCAGGCGUUUGAGCAGCUGCUCGUGACUUCACGUGAGCAUCCAACAACAUGCUGUUCUCGCGCAUGCAGUGCCUCUCUACUCGCCUGUUCUGCUGCCCAUUAAACCACAGGGCGAAGGUCAUAGACGGCUAUGAGGAGACGUGGGAGCACGAAGUAUCAGCUAGUGAGAGCCACCGGUCGUCACGUCAAUGGGGCCUUCCAGAAGCUGACGCACAGGGCCGUCAAGCCUUGCAUGUGAAUGUAAAAACUUUUAUCAUUGACCAACAGUUCAAGCAUGCUGCAUGGAAUUCCGCUUUGCUGUCAGGGAGAUCCUGAAAGCCUGUUUGGUGGACAGCAGCCUUGAUUUGGAGAUGUUCCAUCUUUGAGUGCUUUUACUUUAUCACAAGAACAAUAUAUAUUAUUCCUACGUGAAACUCCACAAUCCCAAACUUUACACAGACCAUUUCUGUUUUACAAGCUGAGCCACAUAAACCGUUCUCUUCAUUUCUUUACUAAUUAUCGAUUCUUUUAUACGGGAAACUGGCUGCAGAAUGUAGUGAUGCAACAGUAACCCACCUAAUAUUUUAUUUUAUAUUAUUUGGGGGGUUGUUUUGUUCAUUAUUUUAGGUUUUAUUCCCUUUUCAAUAGUUUGUUGUAUUAAAAAAAAAAAAAAGUUAAAAGUCUUAAAAUGAAUGAGACGGUGUGUAAUGCCUUCUUUUAUUAAGACCAUGUUGACAAAUAGUAUAAAGAGGUUGCUAUAUCUGGCAGGUUUUUACCAAUCCGGAGAGGAUACACACGCAGGAUAUCGAAGGAGAAUAUAAAAGGACAGGGAGCGAUAUAUUUUAUGGUAACAAAAUAUGAGGUCAAGAU